AACAGUAGUUUUCCCAAUUGCUUUGAAUUCCAUUCUAAUUUCACCUUACACAAAACCUUAUUUUCUCUUCCGAUUCAUCAUCCAUCCAUUAAGCUAUACUACACUGAAAUGGCAGGCUUUAAUGAUUCAUCAACCCCAGCUCGUGAACUAUUUACCUAUACUGAAGAUACUUUUCUAAAUGCAUCAAAAGCUAAUAUUUCUAGCUUCGUUUCAGUGAGGCUUUCUAGCGAUGAAACUUAUCCUCUUUGGAAGACACAGAUGCUUUGCAUAUUGAAGAUUCACAAUAUGGUUGGGCUUGUGGACGACAAAGUUGAUCUACCUACAGCUUCAAGCGAAGAGAUCAAGGACAAAUACAACACUCUUCUCAAAGGAUGGAUUUUUGGAUCGAUUAACCAAAAUUUACUCAUCCAUGUCAUUGGUUUUAAUCCUGUCAAAGAUGUGUGGAUAAAAUUGCAAAACAUCUAUGAUCCGCCUGACUCUUCUAAAGAAGACGUUAUAGAUCCGGCUCCAACAAAAAGGAAUGCAAACCCCCAAUACAGUGGCAUGAUGAUAAGCCAAUCGAGGUUGCAAAGGGCUGUUAUGGAGGGGCGUUUGUGGGAAGUAGAAACCAUAGUGAGAGGUGAAAGAAAGGCAAUUGGGGAGGCAAUCAACAACGAUGACGAAACUGUUCUCCACAUAUUGGUUAGAACAGGUCACAAUUAUUUUCUGAGAAAGUUAUUAAAUCUUAUAAAAGACACAGAUGCAGAUAAAGAUAUACUUAAAAGGAAAAGUUCAGAUGGAAGCACAGCCCUUCACAUUGCUGCAAUUACUGGCAACAAAAUUGCAGCUGAUCUACUGAUUAAAAAAAUGCAAUGGAUGAUGACAGUGGAAGAUUCUUACGACCAUAUACCAUUCGUGACAGCUUUUUUGCAUAUGAAACUAGAUACCUCGGUAUUUUUGGUCAAAGCCAUUCAUAAGUGUUUGCAAAACUACAAAUGGCGUCCAGAAGAUCUCUUAAUGGCAUUUAACCUUCUUGUGGUUGUUAUUUCUUCAAGAAAAUAUGAUCUAGCAUUGGACUUACUCAACGCAUUUCCAAACUUCACUGCUAAAGAUACUUUUGAAUUACUUAUGACUUUAGCUAGAGACUUUCCAAGUGGAGUAGGUUAUUAUGAAAAAAAAAUUUAUCCAUCUUUGACAGACGUUCGCUGUAUGAUCCUUAAAAACACUUGUUGUUUGCUUACUCCAGUACAAUUUUGCUCCUCAGGAGCUUUGGCUGAACCUGUUAAGGACGCCUUAUCAGGAAUAAUCAGGAUAUUAAUUGUUUUAGUAAUUAUACCAAUUAUGGUGUUUCAAUUGCUAUUCUUCCUCAUAUGGACUGUUUAUUUAGUAUUUCGUAUUGCUUAUUGGGCACUUUGGAAUGUCGCAAGAUUAAUAUUGCCAUCCAUUCGGUGUAUUGAGAAGAAAGUGAAAGAAUACGAAAAAGCCAAAGAGGUUCUAAAAAAGGUAUUUGAGAAGAUAGACAAGUUAGGCAACAUUGAUACUCAACAGUUCUUAUACAAAGAACCACUACUUGAGGCUGCACGUGGAAAUGCCUAUGAGGUUGUUGAUGAAAUCUUGUCCAGAUCACCUCAAGCAAUUUAUUGGAAAGAUAAAAAUGGGUUUAACAUCAUCCAUUUAGCAGUAAUACAUCGUUCAGAAAAAAUCUACAACCUUAUCUAUGACAAUUAUGUCAAUGUUGAUCGUAGAAGUCUUUAUAAAGAACAAUUAGAUUCAUCUGACAACAAUAUCUUGCACUUGGUUGGAAGAUUGGCGCCUUCAAACAAACUCAAAAGUAGAAGAGGUGCAGCAUUACAGCUUCAACGAGAGCUUCAAUGGUCUCAGGAGCUGAAGAAACUCGCGGAUCCUGCGUUCAUUAGUGAAAAGAACAUGUAUGGGGAAACACCAGGUAUGGUGUUUACAAGGGAACAUGAGAGCAUGGUGAAGGAAGGAGAAACGUGGAUGAAAAAUACCGCAGAAUCAUGCAGCAUCACAGCUGCACUGAUCACUACAAUCGUAUUUGCAGCAGCAAUCACCGUACCUGGUGGAAGCCACCAAGAAACAGGUGUACCAUUGUUUAAAAAAAAUGCUGCUUUCAUUGUCUUUGCUGCAUCAGACUCAAUAGCACUGUGUGCAUCGACUAUGUCAUUGCUAAUGUUCUUGUCUAUCCUCACUACACGUUUUGCUGAGCAAGACUUUCUAUUUGACUUACCGAAUCAGUUAAUUCUUGGUCUUUGCGCUUUGUUGAUAUCUACAACUGCCAUGAUGGUUGCCUUUGGUGCCACUUUGUUCCUUGUCUUUUCUCAUCAGAAAGCAUGGAUGCUUGGUCCAAUCUGUGGAUUACUUUGCAUACCAAUUACGAGUUUUGCUAUUCUUCAGUUUCCUCUUAUAGCGGAUUUAAUCUUAUCAACACAUUCUACCAUAUUUGCCAAGCCAUAUAGCAGUCGCCGUGGUCAGUUGAAUCGCAAGGGAUUAUGGUUGUUUCCUGAUAAGUUAAGCGAGUACAUUCUGGGAUUCAUGUAAUAAUGUAAUUAUAACAUGGGUGUGACAAUGACGCGUAAGAAUAUGUGAUUGUGUAUUUUGUAAGCAUUUUCUCCUUUUGGCUUACUUUAGUUAUCGAAUUGGUUGGAAAGAUGUUUAUUUCCUUUUUUUCAUUA